UGGAUGCUAAGUGAAUCUCAACUGCAGCACUGUCUAAACUGUUCAGUGCUUCCUAUUCAUGUGGAUUGACAAGGUGUUUUAGUGUUGAUGUCUAUAUAAUCACAGGGAUUAUUGCAUGUGAAGGACCAUGGAACUUUGCAGAGCAUCUAUCAAAUGUGAUUUAGAUGAUAUAAUGGAGCGUAUUUUAACAUAUUGACAUUGCAUUUACUUUAAGGAAGAAGAAGACCAAAUGAGAACAUUAAGUGGAUUACUUGGAUUAUCUGUAUCAUCUGUAUCAUCUUCAGUAUGAGAAGUGUUGAUGAAGCUCCAUGAAGCUCAGCGUUAGAUUGGGGAAAGUUUCCAGAAGAUCUGAGCAUGAAUAGGAAUCUGCUGGCGUGGAUCACCAGGCCUUCCAGGAGCUUUUGGAUGUACAAAAAAUACAAUUGAUGUGGAGUUCAGAGAGACACAUGAAGACAUUGAAGCUAACAUGAAAAAGCCUAUUUGGAAACAAGUGAAUGGAAGUCAGGCUACAAUUUCAUUGCUACUGGAGUAUUGGAUUCUGAGCAUCUGUUUCUUAUGACUGUUCACCGAAAAGAUGUGGCCCUUAAGGAUGGAUGUGAGCAUCAUGUGUCACAGAAGAUGGUCUUCUUGGGUCACAUUCUUCAUGGUCUACACAGGCUGUAUCUGUAUCUUUUCACAUGCUCAAAUGAAGAUUCCACCUGAAACGGUUCAAAAAUGGGCCAUCACCUUUUCAGAGAAAAUAAAUGUCAUUGCAUCAAAAUAUUCAGGAGCUGCUCUAUUACAAAAGAAACUUAGAGAUGUUGAGCCCAUCAUUAGAAUACAGGAGGUGGAUGGAGCGCGCUUAGUUCUAGACUUUUCUGAUGAAAUUGAGAGAAUGCUUGGAAGCAAGAUGAAGUCUGUGAAGAGACUGGCAGACACAGCUGAAGAUGCUGAUUUGUAUCAUGAGUUUAAUGCAUCAUUACGGUUUGACUAUUAUAAUGCAUUAUUGGUGAAUACUAUGGAUGAAGAGGGAAAUUUCAUCGAGCUUGGAGGUGAAUUUCCAUUGGAGGAGAAUGAGCAUUUCAACAAGCUUGCGGUUAACACUUUAAUGAGUGACAUCCAAGUCCCAACCAAUGUCUACAACAAAGAUCCAGAUAUUCUUAAUGGAGUAUACAUGUCAGAGGCCUUGAACGAUGUUUUCAUUAGUAAUUUCCAGAAGGACCCUACGCUCACGUGGCAAUAUUUUGGCAGCUCAUCAGGCUUCUUCAGACUUUAUCCGGGAAUCAAAUGGACCCCCGAUUCUAAUGGUGUUGUUGAUUUUGACUGCAGAAACAGAAACUGGUAUAUCCAGGCUGCCACAUCUCCUAAGGACAUCGUCAUCGUGGUUGAUGUCAGUGGCAGCAUGAAAGGUUUGAAAAUGACCAUUGCCAAACACACCAUCAACACUAUCCUGGACACGCUUGGGGAAAAUGACUUUGUCAAUGUUAUUGCAUACACUGAUUAUGUCCGCUACGUGGAGCCCUGUUUUAAGGGAACAUUGGUUCAGGCAGACUUGGACAACCGAGAGCAUUUUAAGCUGCUUGUGGAAGAACUCCAUGUGAAGGGGGAGGCUAAAGUAAAAAAAGCCAUGAAGGAGUCUUUCCGCAUCCUCGCUGACGCCAGAGCAAAUGGUCAGGGCAGCCUGUGUAACCAAGCAAUUAUGUUGAUCACAGAUGGAGCCAUGGAAGACUUCCAAUCAGUGUUUGAAGAGUUCAACUGGCCUGACAAGAAGGUACGGGUUUUCACUUACCUUAUUGGCAGAGAUAUGACCUUCUCAGAAAAUGUCAAAUGGAUUGCCUGCAACAAUAAGGGUUAUUACACUCACGUCUCAACACUUGCUGACGUACAGGAGAACGUCAUGGAGUACCUUCAUGUUCUGAGUCGACCAAUGGUCAUCAACCAUGACCAUGACAUAAUCUGGACUGAGGCGUAUAUGGACAGUGUGCUUCCUAAUACUAAGGAGCUGUUCAAAAGCAUGGCUCACAGUCUGCUGCUCAUGACCUCAGUGGCCAUGCCAGUGUUCAGUAAAAAGAAAGAGACACUUUCUCAUGGCAUCCUGCUUGGAGUGGUUGGAACUGACAUUCCCCUGUUGGAAGUGAUGAAAAUAGCACCCCGAUAUAAGCUUGGAACUCACGGCUACGCCUUCCUCAUCACAAACAAUGGAUACAUUCUGGCCCAUCCUGAUCUAAGACCUCUGUACCAUGAUGGGAAGAAGUUGAAACCUAAGCCUAACUACAACAGUGUGGAUCUAUCAGAGGCUGAGUGGGAGGACACUGAGGACAGUUUGAGAACAGCCAUGGUGAAAGGAGAGACCGGUACUCUGGUGUUAAAUGUGAGGGCAGCUGUGGAUAAAGGGAAAAGGCCCUUGUUCCUCAAAAACGAUUAUUUCUACACUACCAUCAAUGAGACGCCAUUUAGUUUUGGUAUGGUGCUUACAAGAGGUCACGGGCAGUACAUGUUCACUGGGAAUGUUUCUGUGGAAGAGGGUCUUCAUGACCUCCAGCAGCCUGAUCUCUCGAUAGCUGAUGAAUGGACGUAUUGUGAGACAGAUAUUGACCCACACCACCGUAAGCUCAGUCAGCUCCAGGCAGUGGUCCGAUACCUGACUGGCAAAGAACCAGACUUGGAGUGUGAUGAGAUACUUCUACAGCAAGUUCUUUUUGAUGCAGUAGUUACAGCUCCACUGGAGGCCUACUGGACAACACUGACACUAACCGGCCCCACUGUAGAUGAAGGCAUGGAGACAGCUUUCCUUGGAACCCGCUCUGGGCUGAUGCGUGUCAUCAGAUAUGCAGGAAGUGAGAAACGAGUGGGAAAGAAGUUCUUGACCGCUGUGGACAAAGAAAACCUGUUCACUCUUGACCACUUCCCCAUCUGGUAUCGUCUGGCAGCUGAGAACAAACCUGGACAAUUCUUCUUUUAUGUUCCGCAAGAUGAUGUAAACAAAGGCAGGAACACUUUUGUGGCUGUAACAUCUGUGACAGUGACUGAGGGAAAAAGAACUGCACUCGCCGGAGCUAUUGGAAUGCAAGGAUCCCUGGACCUGCUAGAAAGACUGUUCCUGUCUAUUGCCAAACAACCAAAUGACACGGAUUGCAGUGAUGUGGAUGGUAUUUGUCCUCUCAGCUGUGAGAGCAUUGAUGUCAACUGUUACAUUGUUGACAAUAAUGGCUUCAUACUGUUCUCAAAGGAAAGAGGCGAUGUUGGUAAAUUCUUUGGGGAAGUAGAUGGAUCUGUCAUGGCUCAGUUACUCAAAUCAGGCUUGUAUAAAAGAGUGACAUUGUAUGACUACCAAGCCAUGUGUAAAAAUUCUCACCAUCACGCCAGUGGAGCUCGACCACUGCUUAGUCCUUUCUAUGGUCUUGCGGCGCUACUAAAGUGGUUCUUCUCAAAUUUUAUGAUGUUUCUAUUGGAGUUCAACAUCUGUGGACUUUGGCAUAAUGACUAUGUAGUGGAUGCUAAGGCUGUGUAUCAUGCAACUCACAAACAGAAAAAAUUGGACCUAGUGCAGCCUUGUAACACAGAGUAUCCCAGUUUCAUGUAUGACACCUCUAUCAGAGAGACUAACAGCAUCAUUAAAUGUGGCCGUUGUCAGAAGAUGUUUGUCCUACAGCAAGUUCCUAACAGUAACCUUGUCAUGCUAGUUGUCCAGGCCGACUGUGACUGCUCUCGACAGUAUGCCCCCAUCACUCUCAUGCCCAAAGAGGUCAAAUAUAAUGCCACAGUUAAGUGCAAUCGGAUGAAAUCUCAGAAGAUUCGCAGACGACCGGAGUCUUGUCACUCGUACCAUCCUCAUGAAAAUGCCAAGGACUGUGGUGGAGCAUGUGAAAUCGCCAUAUGUCUCGCACUGUUCUUCAUUUGUUUGGUCACCUCAUCGUCCCUAUGCUGAUUAAAAAAAAAAAAGAAAACUGCCAUGACUGCUGUUCUACAGUAGUACUAAGGACCACAAAACCAGAGACUGUUGAUUAUCAACUAGCAUUAGCUAUUCAAACACAAAAACGAGAUACGGUUUCACUACACAGUGUUGAUUCAUACUGUCCCCUACUGGACUCCGUGUGUGACACUACACAGCACUGCACAGAUUAUACUUGUUAGUUCUCAAUGGGAGCAAUUGAGAGAGAAAUAUAAUAUUAGAUGUUCUUUUGUGACUUGAUGUUAUACAUCAGAUCUGCUAUUCUUUUAAUUUUUUUAUAGUAUGCUCAGGAUUAUGAUAAAAGUCUUCAAGAUGCAGCAAAUAUAGAGCAGGGGGGUUUCCAGAAAACACAGUAUCUUUCAGAGUAUGUUAGUAACCAACUUAGUCUGUGAACAUAACCAGCUCCGGAGUAGGUUAUGUUCCAGAGUUAGUUUAUUUCAGUUAAAUAUCAUUAAGAGGUUGCCGGCGCAUGUGUGCACUUUUGAUAAUGACACUGUGGCCGUGGGAACUCAAAUUAUGCACAAUAUUAUACUUUUAAGGCAUUAAACUGUAUGGUAUACUGCAAUCUCUACUUUUCCUCACAAAUCCUCUUCUGUCUGGCAUUUCCAGUCUCGCACAAUGCGGACUGGCAUUCAAAAGAGAACAUUGUGCUUUUUUUAUUUUAUGUGAGGUUUUUUAUACUGUUAUAUUAUCAACGUGGAACGCGUUGGAACGGCUUCGAUACUUGUCACUGUAAAGAGAGGGUGUCAUGUAAUUAUAUUUAGCACUACUAAAUGUAUUUUGAGAUUUAUAUUAUUAACAUGUAUCUACAAACAUCAUAAAAUUAAAUCACACAACCCACAUUGUUUUUACAGUUCCUUCAGUCAAUUAAUGUUAAUAUGUUCAUUAUAAAAUUACAUUGCAUGUAAUGUCUGAAAAUGCAAAGCUUAAGCAAUAAAAUUCAACACUUGCUAUUCUUUAUAAUUAAAUAAUAUGUGAUCAUUCAAUGGACUACAGAUAUAGCAUAAUCUUUCUGAUGCUCAACCUCUUCUACUCCACUUGGAGCUGUAUAUGAUACUUAUAAAUUACAUUUUUAAUCUGCCUUUCAGUAUGGACCUUUUACAGCUUCUUUUACAAUUAGGAAGAGAUGAAAGUUACUUUUCCCUAAUGUUGAGAUGUUCUAUGCAUGCAAGAUGAUAUUUUGACCACACAAAAAGUUAUUUUGCAAGCUUGUGAAUUCAGUUUUGUAAAGCAACGUAUCUUCUUGCAAAGAAAUGAUGGCACAAGUAUAACUCCAUAGUAAAAGGUGUUCAAGCCUUCCUAGAACUGGUAAUGUGCAUUUUAUAAACUUGUUGUAAAGUUGUAAACUCAGAAUUCUAUAAACAAAAAAAAAGCUCCUGCUGCUUUCAAGUGGGUCUGGGAAGCUCCUAAUGUGCCUCUGAGUCGGGUAUUCAUUAUUAAGACAUGUCACGCAUUCAAAAUACAGAAGGCGGCAAACUCAUAUAAAUAUACAAUGAACAACCGCAAAA